GUCGCCACUGUCCAGCCGCGAGUCCGGCGCCGACCUAGGGCGGGGGAACAGUCGGGGCUCUGAGCUGCCGCCCGCAGCCCCGUGACACCGCUGCAGGGGCGAGCGCAGCCCCCGACGCCGGGCACGAUGCUGCGCUACCGGGGGGAGGAGUGGGACGAGAAGACCCAGCUGCGGGAGCUCAACUCCCGGCUGCGGCUCUACGUGUCCCGGGUGCGGGAGCUGGAGCAGGAGAACCGGCUGCUGGCCCAGGAGGUGGCCGAGCUGCAGCAGCAGGAGCUGGCCGGGCUGCGGGGCCCCCAGCGGGCGGUGGCCGAGCUGCGGGUGCGCGUGGCCGAGCUGAGCCGGGCCAAGCGGGAAGCGGAGCUGGAGCGGGACGGGCUGCGGCAGGAGCUGGGGCAGCUGGAGCUCCUGGGCGCCGAGGUGCUGCAGCUGCGGCGCCGCCUGGCGCCCGAGCUGGCCGGGCAGCGGCAGCUGCUGGAGCGGCUGUGGGGCGAGGGCGCCGCCCUGGAGGAGCUGCUGCAGGGGCUGCGGGCCGAGCACGGCCGGCUGCUGGAGCGCCAGCGGCGGGAGGCGAGCGAGGUGCGGGCGCUGCGGCUGGACCUGGCCGCGCUGCCGCCGCCGACGGCCGGGCUCAGCCUGGAGCAGCUGGAGGAGACCUGCGAGCAGGUGCUGGGCCGGGCCUGCUGGGAGAGCCUGCUCCGCUACCAGGGCCAAAUCCGCGCCCUGCAGGAGCGGGAGGCGCGGCUGGGCCGGGAGAGCCUGGAGCAGCUGCGGGCCGAGGGCGCGCGGUGCCGCCUGCAGCUGGAGGAGCUGCAGCGCCAGGGCCAGCAGCUGGGCGGCCUGGGCCGGCGGCUGGAGGACGAGCUGCUGGCGCUGCGGGAGCUGCACGGCGCCGAGGCGGACGAGUCCCAGAGGAUAAUUGAUGCCCUAGAAGAAGAAAAGCAAUUCCUGACUAUGUCCAUCAUGGAUUACCUAAAGGACUACAAUGAACUAAUGCAGGUGAAAGUGGGACUCAGCCUUGAAGUUGAAACUUACAGAACUUUACUAGAAGGGGAGAGCAGCCAAUGGAUGAUUACGUGGAUUGAUCAGCAAGGGAGAAAAAUACCACAAGGUGUCAGAAAUACAUCUUAUGACUACACUAAUAGUUACUCAGCAUACCGUGAAGAAAAGAAAAAGAAAAGCUUUCCGAUUAUCAAGAGUUCUGACACUAGACAUAAAACACCAGUAACAAAUAUUCGCAGCUCUGCACUUUAUUCAACUCAGACAAGGCAUGGUGGACCACGGACAACAGAUAGUGGAAAAGUUUUAAGAAAAGAUAUUCUUAAUUCAGAAUAUCAUCCAUCAACCACUAUUGAAAAGGAUGCCACUUAUGAAAGAAUUAUGAAGGACCAUAGAGCGUUCAAAACCUUUACUCCCACAUACGGUCUUUGGGAAGACACUAAAAUUCAGCGAAAAACAUUUCCUGAAAGAAAGAGAACAGAAGCCACAACUACUUCGGCGGUUUCUUUUUCAAAAGAAUUGACAAGUGUUCAAAGUUCAAACAAGGACCACAAAGUUGACACAAGGUCAGAUGUUUCUGAAAGUACAAGAACAAAACCAGAUAAUUUUACUAAAUUUCCAUCUUAUGAGCUGAAUUCCAAUUUUAAACAAACCAAAUCCGAACAAACCCUAGAUGACACUUGUACUAUAUUGAAAGAAAAAACAAAAGGAGACAAACCAGUUAAAGAGGGGAAAAAUGGCUUGUUAGAAGAAAAAAAUAAGCAACCAGUCAAUGAGGAAAGAAUUAUUGUCCUGGAGAAAAAGGAAAUGGAUGAUAAACCCACUACGGCAGAAAGAAGUGUUAAUUUUGGAAAGAAGACUGAGGUUAAACCAGAGCAGAAAACGCACAUAAUGGAAGACGUGAUUAUUAAUGAUAACAAAAAGAUUUUUUCAGGAGUCAGGAGUAAGGAAGAUAGCACUGCCAAAGAGGAAAAAAAUGUUACAUGGGAAGAACAAACCAGAGUACAUAAAUCAGCCAGAGAGAGAGAAUUUUUUCUCCCUGAUGCAAAGAUUAAAGAAGAUGAAUUAACCAAAAGGAAUACAAAUGUGUUCUUGGAAUCAAUAAGCAAGGAGGCUGUUGAGAUACCCAUCAGCGUUGAAAUGUAUACUCCAGACAAAAUAUUGCAGAACAGUAACACAGAAAUAACAUUUCAAGGCUUUAAAACAUCUGUAGGAAGAGAGACAGAUGAACAGACAAUUAAACCUGUUGAAAUUCUCAAUGUGAAUGUUUCAGAAAAAGAAUCCAAUUUGGAAAAUGAACAUGGAAUUAGUGACCAAAGUAGCCCUAGAAUGGGUACUUUGUCAACCGAAAACAUAGCAGAAACUAUUGUUGCUGAUAUUCUUAAAAGUUUUGUUCAGUCUUCUGGUUCAGAAACAACUCCACAUACAAAAGUAAACUACCUUGAAAAGAAAAAACAUGAUGAUGAGAAAGAGAUGACUGAAAUCGUAGUACAGUCUCAAGUUCAAGAAGAAAUAUCAAUUUCUGAUGAAAUUGAUCUAGGAAGUCUAUUAAACAAGGAGGGCAAAGUGGUUCUGGAAGACGCUAAGGGAAUUCCAUCCACAGAUGUGAUAGAAGAUCUAAUAAAUGUUGGCCUGAAAGGAAGGGACCGUAUAGGCAAAGUGUCUGUGAAUAUUGAGAUUGUUGAGGAGCCACUAGAAUCUGCAACUGAUGAAAGGAGUGAAUUUUCAGCACCAUUUGAAGUAGAGGAAGUAGAGGAUACCUCACCCAGCAUGGAGCGGCAUUAUGGCGAUGAGGGGGAGCAGACCAUCACAGCAACAGCUGAAGAUUUUAAAAAGAAAAAACAAUCCAGUGAGAUCCUCACCCAUGUGGAAGAAGUAACAGAGGCAGAUGACUCAGUUGAUGAACAAAGAUAUUUUGUAUCUACUCCAGAUGAUUAUCCUUUGGCUCAUGGAAAAGAUGAGGACUCAGUGUAUGGGCAAAUUCACAUAGAAGAAGAAUCGACUAUUAAAUAUUCUUGGCAAGAUGAAUUUUUGCAGGGCACACAAAGAAGAAAAGAUGAUAGCAUGAGCUCACCAGAACAAACGUAUCAGGUGGUGGGAGAGGAAGCAAGUGCCUAUGUUUUAAAUGAGGAACAUCCAAAAGGUGAAGCAUCACAUGCAGAAUCCAUUGUUACUGAGAAAGAGAUUAAAAUACCACAUGAAUUUCAGGCCUCAAUAAAGGGGCUUUUAUUGAAGGAAACCAAGGACCCUAAACAACAGUUGAAAGAGGCAUUGGAACAACUGGAGGGGAGUCUUCCAGAAAGCGUGAAAGAGGAACUAGCUGCAUUAACGAAAGAAAAUCAUGCUGACUCCAGUAGCCUGGCAGUUGACAUCAAAAAAGUUGAGCAAACUAACGAAGAUGGUUUGGUGACGAUUGUGGCUGAAGUCAAUCUGUCCCAGACCCUUGACACUGAUCAGUUUGAUAUUGCAAAGCUUGGUGGAGUCAUCACAAGUGAGAUUGAGAAGGUGUCACUGAAGUCCCCAAAACAAGAGGGCUUUGAUGAAUGUAAUGACCCAGAUCUGGAAAGACGGACUCAUGGUAAAAGCAGUAUAGAAACAGACAUUUCUCCAUCCAGUAAUAAAUCCACUCCUUGGGCUAGCCAAGGGGUUUACAGCUCAUCCAGUGUAAGAAGUAAUGAUGGCAUAGAAUAUCAUUCCACUGAACAAGUAAUUCAUGAAGGUCCAGUUUCAGAAGCUGUAGAAUUUGGUAAUGCGGAAGAAGUCUUUCAGUCACAGGUAUCGACUGAUAUUAACAAAUCUUUAAGGCAUAUUAAAAUAGGUCCAACAGAAAUUCGGAGAACUGAGCAGGUCAUAUAUGAAGGACCCAUUUCUGAAACUCUGGAACUUGGUGGUAGGGGAGACCUUGUUCCGACAGAAGGGUCAUUGGAUAUUGGUAGAUCUGUGAAGCUUUUUAAAAUGGGUCCUAAGGAAAUUCAAACCACUGAAGAAAUAAUUUAUAAAGGGCCUACUACUAAAACUGUAGAGGUAGAUGAACCUGAAAACCUUGCUCAGUCAGAGUUUUCAACUGAUAUUAAUAGGUCCAUGAGGCAUACCACAUUAGGUUCACAGCAAAUUACUGAAGAUAUCAUUUUCAAAGGGCCAAUUUCAGACUCUGUAGAGCUCAAUAGUUCAGGGGAUCUCUCUCAUACAGAAGGAUCAACAGAUACCAACAGAUCAGUAAGGCACAUUAGAUUAAGUCCAAAAGAAAUUCAUACAGAACAAGUAAUAUUUGAAGGGCCCAUUUCUGGAAAUGUGGAGCUCAGUGGCACAGGAGAGCUUUCUCAGACAGGAAGUUCAAUAAGGCGCAUUAAAUUAGGACAAAAAGAGAUUCAUUCCGCUGAGAAAAUCACAUACGAAGGGCCUCUUUCUGAAACAGCAGAGCUUGGCAAUACAGGAGACAGCUCUCACACGGAGCAUAGAUCAGAUACUAAUGCAUCUAUCAGGCAUAUUAAAUUAGGUCCCAAAGAAUUUAUGACAACGGAGCAAAUCAUCUACAAGGGUCCCAUUUCUGAACAUCUGGAGUUCAGUGAAUUGGGAGACCAUUUUCAUUCAGAAGGGUCAAUAAAACACAUUACAUCAGGUCAAAAGGAAAUUAAAACUACUGAACAAGUCAUAUAUCAAGGCUCCAUUUCUGAAUCUCCAGAGAUCAGUAGUGCAGGAGGAAGCCUUUCGGAGAGUGAAGGAAACUCAGAUAUCAGUAGAUCCAUCAGGCUCAUUAAAUUGAGUCCCACAGAAACUCAUACAGAGCAAAUCAUCUUCAAAGGACCCAUUUCUGAAACAACGGGCAAUAAUUUUCAGACAGAAGAGUCAUCAGAGAGCAGCCAAUCAAUAAGGCAUAUUAAAUUAGGACCCCAGGAAACAUCUUUUACUUUUCAAAUGGAUGUAACUAAUGUGGCGGGAGUGCCUGUGGUGGAAGGGAGAACACAAGCAGCUACAGUCACUGUAUCAAAUAGGAAGGAGCCUGAUGUCAGACAGUCACAGGUUGUGGUUGAAAGUGAUCAGAAAGACACUGAUGGUGAAAGUACCAAAGAAGCAAGUGUUUUUCCUGAUGCUUCCCAGGCUCAUGGUGAACAAGUAACAGAGAAGUCGGCAUUUGAAAAAAGUGUACAACUGCAAAGACUUGUAGACCAAAGGUCAGUGAUUUCUGAUGAAAAGAAAAUUGCCCUUGUGUAUCUAGACAAAGAAGAAGAUGGGGAAGAAGAUAAUGAUGGAGAUUGGUUCUGAAAGGACGUUUUAAUAUAACUUUGCUUAUCAGCUUGUUCAUCAGAGAUUUUUGACUGCCGUCUUUUUAAAAGGAACUGUCCCACUACUACACCAACAUUGGACUGACACAUUUUAAAUCCAAGCCUCAAUAUAUCCACCAUCCUUUCCCCUGAUUUUGUGAAAGUUUUUUAAGGGAGGGCUUCCUCUAUUGCAAAUUCUUUUUUCACUGACCUUUUUCAAGUUUCUUCAGUCUCCAGGACAGGAAGUUUCUGCUGGAGAUUUUUCAGGAUUUUUUUUUUUUAAUUUUUAUAUUGAGCUAAUCCACAAGUGAGAGUCUGAACUGGAUUUUUCUAUCAACUUUUGAACACUGCGUUGUACUGGGAUACUUAAAGAAUUCAGCACUUCUGUUUAGAUUUCAAAGUAUUAACCACAGGCAAAAUGAGUCACAAUAACGCUGUUGGAAGAGUAUUAGAAUAAGGCAUACAGGCAAUUGAUUUUUAAGUUCCAUUUUCAUGUGCUCAUGUACAACAGUAAAAUCUUAGAAAAAAUUAAACCAUUACAACUAUAAAGUAAAACUCUUUCUAAGCAAACCAUGCAUAGCAAAAAUUUAUGGUAACCUUUGUCACUUUAUAGUUAAAACCAGACACAAUAAAGCAAAGCAAUAAGACUACAUCAGUCAUAUUGUUUUCAGGAAAAUGUUUGGUUUGCCUUUACAAAUCGAAAUAUUUUCAAUAUUUUUAGAGAGAAUCAGUAGGCAAAUGGAUAAAAACCAUAGGCUAAAUCCUAGUUACAUUGAAAUCAGUGGUAAAAUCCCUCCAACUUCAAUGACUCUACAUAGUGAUAUAUAUGAAAUGACUAGUCUCCGUAUAUAGUACUGUUCUGAUGUUAGGUAUUGCAAGUGCCUAAGGAGAGUGGGAUGGCAUAUACCAUACAGUAUAAUGCCUUCGCACAAUGGGAUUAGCUCAAGUGUGGUUCUUCUCUGACAAGUGACUGAAAAAAUGGCAUUUUUUUUCUAACUGUAUAUUCAACCUAGAACCUGAAAGUCACUCGUCUGGGUUCUUUCUGACUUCUUAUCACCAGUAAUAGAUUUUCUCGGGCCACACUCUGCCUUCAGUUACAGCACUUGAAAUGCCAUUGAUUUUAUUGGGUUUGCUCAAGUGUGUAACUGAGGAGCAUAUUUCAGUCCUGCAAGUAGAACUGAGUUAAUUCUUUGGGUGCUCAAUCAAGAAUAGAAUCCAGCUCAUUCUCUGGUAGCUGUACUACCUCUGCAGUGCUAACAGGAGCAAAAAGAGUAACAAAAAUUUAUCGUUGACACUAAAAUAAGAUCUGACUCUGGGUAUGCUUACUCAGCAAAAACUGAGCAAGGGCUAACCUUGAGCUAGCUUGAAUCCCGCUAGCCUGUUAACGUAACAGUAGUGAAGACUGUGCAGUGUGGACUCGCAAGCUGAGUACCUACCCAGGGUCUCUGCUGAACUUGUAGUACCUGUGUGGAAGCCCAUGCUGCGCUCUCUUCACUACUAUUGUUACCUGGGCUAGCUGGAUUUAAGCUAGCUCGGUAGGCUAGACCACGCACAGUUUUUGUUGUAGACACACCUCUGAAUAGACACAGUGAGUUAGAUAUACUAUAUAGAGUAAGAAGCUGCUAUUUUUAUACGGACAUGCUCUGAAAGUAGAACCGCACGUUAAACCCAGACAGCCCUAUUGUGCCAGACUAUUAGCCUUUAACUUUGAAUUCCUUUCUUGUGGUUUGGUUUUGGUCACAAGCGCAAUGUUACUUAAACAUAGUUUGUGUGUGUUUAACGCAAAUUACAAUCCAACUGCAAUUAUUUUAUUGUGGUGUGGCCUUCAUUAGCUUCUCAGUUUCUUUCGUAUCAGUAGAAGUUAGAUUUUUUUUUUUUAAUAAAAACCUGACUAUUACUUUGCAGUACUGACUUAAAUGUGAAGUGGAGAUAGAUGACGUAUAGUUUAAUAUCUUAACCUACUUCUCAUAUGAGACAAACCUAGUAUAUUAUGAUCUGCCUUCAUCACCAAGAUUGAGACUCUACCAGGUAUCUUCAAGUAAUUAUCAGCAUUUCAAGGUUUAAGUAUAGGGCUUUGUCUGCACUGCAAAAUUUUGUAUCCGUUUUCCAGCACUAUGCAGUUACAAUGGUGUAAAUGCAGUGUCUUCAGCACUGUGUGUUCUGAGAUUGUUCUCUGAGCUGGGAAGAGAGGGAGCAGUGGCCCUAGUGCUGGAAACAAAUACGAUGUUGAGUAGUGCAGAGGCAUCCAAGGUGUGCAUGCCACAUUUAUUUUGUGUUCUUAAUCACAUAACAGAUAUAUUUGUCAGAAUUAUUCAUAUAUGCUUCUGUAAAACAUACUUUUGCUACCAUUGACAGAUAAGGGGCUCAUGAAUGAUUACAGCUCAAAAAAGAGCUUAAAAUUCCAUUGCCUUAGUCUAUCCUCUCUGGAACGGGGUUUAAAAAAAAUCUAAUAAAUGCAUUUUUAGAUUUUAAAAAAUUCCUAUAUGGGAGUUAGGCAAAAAUUUUCAAACAUGGUUGCUCAGUUAGACAUUUAAUUUCAUACUUUGAUAGAAUUUUAUUAAAAUAUUUACUUAAACAUAACUUAGGUAUCUAAUUUUAGGCACACAGGUUUGAAAAGUAUCAGCUUUAGUUUUCUGCAUAUUUGGUUUGAAGUUGAAACUUAAAAAAAAAAGCUCUCUUAAAAUAGACAUAAGGAUAGCUGCAGAAUAUGUAUUCUCCUGCCACAAAUAAGAGGGCCCAUAAUAUCAACCCGAUUUAUUGAUGCCUCAUGGAAACCUUUGAGACCUAUUUCCUUUAGAAACGAUUCUACUGAUGCUAGAUUGUAUUUAUCUUCCAUUGUUCAGAGAAUUAGGACAUCAGGUGAAGGACAAACCAGCAAGGAGUAAAUGAAUUAUAAGUUCCUGUUUUAUACAGAUGUCCAUAGUACUGAAGAAGAAGAAAAAAAGAGACCAUAUCAGUAUUGUUUCUAAAUAAAAUGUUUCCAAGGCAGCACCAGCUGCUCUUUAAUAUGUCCUUUAACAGCAUUGACCUACUACAUCUGAUAAGUUAUAUUGAAAUGUAUUUAUGUUGUUGUUGGUUACUUUAGUUUUUUGGAGAGGAAAAGGUUUGUUCCAUAAAUGUAAGUGCUUUAAUUCUAGAUUGAAUCAGAAUUUUAAUCUGCUGCUUGAAGAGUUUAGGUUUGUCACAAUGAAUUGGAAAAGCACAGUAAUAUGAAGUCAUUCCAAUGGAUGAGUUCCCUCAAGCCAUGAAAACUGGGAGGUUUAAUGCAAGAAGGAUAUAAGCCUUGCAGACUGUGUAAGCAGCAUAUUCUCCAUUUGAAUCCCAUUAACAUGAGCCUUAUGUCAUCACCUUCAGUGUUACUGAAAACUGGGAAAGAGCCACAGAUCUAUUUUAUUUUUUGCAUGACAGCCACCUUCGGGUAACGACUCUUUCAGGAAACAGAGGUAGAGACUUGGGCUCUGUUGUUGCAAUUUGAUCUGUGCAGAUUCCACCUCCAUCUGGAUGUAUUAGCACAGUGGUUUUCAACCUGUGGUCUAUGGACCCCUGGAGGGCUGCAGACUGUCUAAGAGAUCCAUGAAAGGGUGUCAUUAUCACAGAACAGUGGCUUUUAACCUGGGGUCUGCAGACUGUCAAAGAUUUCAAAAGGGAUCCGCACCUCCAUUCAAAAUUUUUCAGUUGUGAACCCCUAAAAAAAAGUUGAAAACCACGAUGGUAACAGAAUCCAGGCCUUAGUUGACAUGCUUCUAUUCCUAGCCAGAGCAAAUAUAACCUACUCCUCUGAGGUUGGUUUGUGUUUUUUUUUGUUUUUUUGUUUUAUAAAAUACUGACACAUGCCCUAUUUAACAGCUUUGUGUGUAAUUACUUUAUUGAUAGCAUGGAGCUGGAAGGAUUGAUAACAUGGCCUCAGUCAGCACACAAUGUUGAAGCUUACUCAUAGAAACUGCCAUUUUUUUUCCACUAAAUACAAAUAAGAUAAUUGCUGAAUUUGAAUUUAACAAAUAGAAUUUUGUUAAAAUGUAACUAUUAGUUUUAUUCAGUAGGAGUUGGUAUUUAUAUGCUUGAGGUAGUUUAUCUCAGAAGUGAGGGACUGUAUUAAUCUUUAAACAUAUACACUUUUGGAUUUGAAAGCAAAUAAAAUGGGAAUAUAUACGUGUAAGAAGAGAGAUGAGAGAGCUACAGCUCUGUACAGAUUGAUGUUUUCUAUAGCAUGUGUUUAAAAGACUGUAGACAUGUUGAAGCAAGGUUUGUUGAUGUCAGUUAUGAGACUUUGCAGGCAGCUUGUGGUAUGGUCAUUUACAAUGCAGUCUGAGUUGCUGUUGUGGUUUCAUGAUUUUUGCACUUUUUUCACAUUCAGUAUUAAACAAUGAAAAAUAAUGUGUAUAUGCUUCUUUCUCCUCCUUCCCCCUCACCCCCCGGUUGGUAUUGAUAAGUCCCCAUUAGCAAAGGAAAAAGAAAUCAAAGUUUUCAUGUCUCAUGCUUUGAGGUCUCUCUGUAUGUUCAGAUCCAUGAGCCCCUUUCAGUUCAAAGAACACUUUCAUUCCGGAGUAUGAAGUGCCUGUAUCACUAUGGUGGCAGGGACAGAGUAAAAACACAGCAACCGGUUAUUCCUUGACUCAUCUAACUAGCAUGAUUGGAGUGGCUGAGGUGCCUUCUUAGCAGCUGGCUGCAGAAGGGGCAGGGCAUUUAUAAACCUGAAGUAGUUGGAGUGUACAGGAGAAUCAUAGUUUUCCUGCUGCUCUAUGAUUCGGCUGAUUUAUGCCAUUCUGUCAUAGGGUCUGCUCACGGCUAGUGCACCACCUUCUGGUUGCUCUGAGGACUAGCUGAUUCCAGAUCUGGCACCUCCUUUCUGCCUCUUGCUGCACAUCCUGCCUUUCUUCCUGGAUCUCAGCAAGGCAAGAUGCUCUGUGCUUGUGGUUUAGCCCUUUGGCCAAGUCGCAUGUGUCCUCCCUUCUGGGGUAUCAAAGUCCCUUCUUAUGAAUGGACUCGGGCAGUCUUCCCAUUCACUGCCCAGCUAGUGCUAUUCCCCCCAGUGGCUGAAGGAGAACCUGAGUCUUCCCCUUUACUCCAGGUUCCAGCUCAGGGACCUUCUAAUCAACAGCCAAGGUCUGUUCCAUUCUGGACCUUCCUGCCUUUUGCCAGAGCCUUUCCUAACGUUCUGGCUUUGCCAGCCGCAAAACUUCCUUCUCCCAGGGAAUAACUGUAGGCUAUUUUGGCUCCAUAGCCCCCAAACACACCUUUCUUCACCUAGGGAGUGGCUGCAGACUGCUCCCUGCUGCCAAUUUACUCUAUAAAUCCAGCGCAGCUUGUUCCUCCCUAGUUGGGCUCCCUCACUGUUUAGAGAGGGGAUUACAUAGGCCAUCUGCUUCCCUUCAGCUGUGGCCUCUCUGGUUAACUGCCCCCCCUUCUUAGCCUCCAUUAACUCCUUCAGGACAGGGGUAGGGUGAAUGCCACAUCAUACAUUCCUUAACUUUGAUCUUUCAACUAUGGCAAAGAAAGCCCUAUUGCACUUGCUUGGACCUUAAAGGGGAGAGACAUUCACAGUACCUCAGUUUCACGAUAAAGCUUUUUUCUUAACAACCACAAACCUGGCGCACACAGGUAAAAUGUCAGACACUUACCUAAUGUAUGGAUGUUUCUGGAGUUUUCUACUUGCUAAAGAAAAUGUGGAGUGGUCAUUUAUUACAGGAAAGAGGAAAGCUUUAUCUAGAGACACCAGCCAGCUUCACUGAGUCUAAAGUAAGAAAAAUAUAAAGCUCUUCAGUUUUUGCAAAAGAAUAGGAUUGGUGGUUUCUGGUAAAUGGUGACAUGGAAGUGGUCGAAUGCUCUCACUGAAACCAAAGACUCACACCAGAAGUAUAUUUUCAGCCUUCAUUUUAUAAUUAAGAAACAUUAUUCCCUAAACUGCUAAUUGAGGUUUUAGUCUCCCCUUCUGAGUGACUCUCCCUAAAGGUACUGUGAAUCAGGGCUGAAACCCCAGGCAUCUCUCUGAAUAGUAAGGAGAUAGCCAUCAUUUUGGGUUGUUUUUUCAGCACAUCAUUUAAGAUCUUAAUUCCUAGAUUUAACAUGGUUGUCAGUUAUGCUAACAUCAAAUGAUUCCAUGGAUACUCCUCUUUCCGCGAAGUACUGAACUCUUGAAAAUAACAUCUGACCAGAGAUACACGUCUUGAUAUCCAAAAUUCUUUUUAAAUGGUCCUAAAGUUACCAGGGAUGAACCUGUAUUCUUCCUCCAGCAUAAAAAUCCUUAUAGCUAAAUAUGAGCAUAAUCUUUAAAUGAUGUGAUCUGCAAUUAUUCAUGCAAGUUCAUUGUGUAGCUGACCCUAUUGAUUCAGUUUUUCCCUUCCGAAUUGUGCUAUGGGUAGCAGCAACUGGUACUUUGCAGUCUGAAAUCAAGCACACUUCAGCUAUGGCAUACCUUUUGCCAACAGUGGAGGAAAAGUCCUGAGAUCAAGUGAACCCUAGAUGUUCUUCACAUGGCAGAACUUGCUUAAAGUUACAUAUAUCUGAUACAAAAGAAAGACUUCUUUAAAAACAAAACAAAAAAAUACCCCACCCUACUGUCAGCUCUUUUUUGGAGGGGGAUGGGGGGGAUUAUUGUUUUCCUAACUCAUACCCUAUUGUGUUUAACAAACAAAAAAAGAUUUCAACAGUUUUUGCCCAAUGCAGUUAAUGGUGCUUGGCUAUCAAGGUAAUAGGGUGCCUUUAUGAAUAUAUUAAAUAGAAAAAUUAAAAUCCAGAUUUGUUCAAGAAGCUAGUAAAUGUGCAGUACAGAAACAGCAAUACCUGCCUGAAUCUUGUUUUUUAUUUAAAUUUAUUAUUUUAUUACUGUGGCAGUUUUGUAUUUCCAAACAGGGAAAAAAAAAUUUUUCACAAGAGAGAAAACUGAAGAGGCUGUCAUUAUAUGAUCUUAAAACGCUAUGAUCCAAGAGUAUAAAAAUUAAAAAUGGCAUUCACCUGUAUUAAUUUUUUUUCCUGUGUCCAUUAAGGUAAGUAAUCUAUCCUCAUGAAAGUUUGCGUAUUUAAUCCAAUGAUGGAUUUCAGUUCUGCAUGAUGGAUACUUGCAGAUACAGAUUCAGUCUUCAGAAGUAAACAUGAAAAACCUGUCACAUAUAUAGGCUUUGGGCCUUCCCACUAUGGAGUACUGUUGCACAAUAGCACAGAAUGGUGGUCUUUUUUUAUCUGAUCUUCUCUGUUUUGCUGCUACAUCUGGGGCCCUGAAAAAAAGGAAGGGUGUUGUAAAUCAUAGGUCAUUGUCAAGUUCCACUAUUCAGGUUGUUGGUGCCAUAUAAGAGGAUCUGUAGGCACAGGCACUGCAAUACAUAAUUUAACAAGAUACAUAAUACCACUCACUAUCAUUGGAGUAUACCGACUGAUACAAAAUAUUUUGAU